GGGAACUUUGCAUAGUUAACAUCGCUACUUCCGGAUGAGCUGUCGCGCGCUGUUCCUUCAGCGCUGGGCCACUGCACUUCCUCCUCCCCAGAAUAGAGGAACUGAGUGACCACGGCGGGGCUGGCCGGAGCUCGCCCUUCCACGCACCUUUUCGCUUAAUUCGACAUUAAAACAUGAAUUGCUGCACCUGAGGCGUCACUAUCUAGACCGGACAUUUAACUUUUUGGACUUAAGGGCAGCAAUGGCAGGCCGUGGCCAUCAGGGAGAGCUGACCGAAUACAAGAAGAGUCUCAUCAAGCGAGACCUUGAGAUGGGAAUCGUGAUGACUGUGUUCCGUCAGAAGGUGGAGCGCCUAACCGUACAGGUUAUCAUGGAGACUAGACAGGUGGCCUGGAUUCGCACCGCGGACAAGACCGAUGGCGUCUUGGACCUGCAUGAGAUUCGGGAAGUGCGACCAGGAAAGAAUUCUAAGGAUUUCGAGCGGUGUAAAGACAGCAAGGACCAUCAAGAUAAAACCUGUUUCACCAUCUUCUAUGGAAGCCAGUUUGUUUUGAACACGCUGAGUCUGAGUGCUCCCACUGAGGAAGAUGCAGAGAAAUGGCUGAUAGGACUAGAACUGCUGAGGCAAGAGGCACUGGCUGCACCGACACCUGCCAUCAUAGAAAGCUGGUUGAGGAAGCAGAUGUACUCCAUUGAUCAAACUAAGAAAAACAGCAUCUCCUUGAAAGAGUUGAAGUCUCUGCUGCCGCAGAUCAACUUCAAGAUUCCUCAUGCUCGAUACCUGAAGGAUAAGUUUGCGGAGAUUGGAGCCAGGAAAGACGUCUUGGACUUUGAGCAGUUUCACAAGUUCUACAACAUGGUUAUGUUUGAAAAUCAGAAGUGUGUCCUGGAUUCCUUUAAGGAGUCAUGCACAUUUGUCAUGGGUAACACAGACCGACCUGACUCUUCGGCUGUUCUCUUGUAUGACUUCCAACGAUUCCUCCUUCACCAGCAAAAAGAGUACUGGGCUAAUGACCUAAAUCAAGUGAGAGAGCUGAUGACUACGUUCAUUGAUGACACAAUGAGAAAGACCAACGACCCUGAGUUCACAGUCAGUGAGUUCCUCGGUUUCCUGUUCUCCAAGGAAAAUUCCAUCUGGGACAGCAAGUACUCAGAAGUGAGCAAUCUGGACAUGAACAACCCACUUUCCCAUUAUUGGGUCAAUUCUUCACACAAUACGUACUUGACAGGUGAUCAGCUGAGGAGCGAGUCAUCCCCCGAAGCUUAUGUGCGCUGCCUGCGAAUGGGUUGCCGCUGUGUUGAAUUGGACUGCUGGGAUGGGCCAAAUAGUGAUCCUAUCAUAUAUCAUGGAAAAACCAUGACUACUAAGAUCAAAUUUGUGGAUGUGGUUAAGGCCAUCAAUGACCAUGCGUUUGUAGCAUCAGAUUACCCUGUGAUCCUAUCCAUUGAGGAGCAUUGCUGUAUUGAGCAGCAGGAAAAAAUGGCAGACAUCUUUACUAAAGUGUUCAAAGACAAACUAGUGACUGUUUCCAUUGAGCCGAUGGCUGACCAGCUACCCUCCCCCACACAGCUCAAGGGCAAAAUCAUCCUGAAGCAUAAGAAGCUUAGUUCACCAACAGAUGAUCCUGCACGACUGGAUGAUCGCGGUACCCAGCAGAAGGGAGAUAAGCAGGGCAACUUGUACAUUUGGGAUCCCGUUGAUGAGCAAUGGAACCGCCACUACUGUGUAAUCUCUGAUGACAGGCUCUACUACGCUGAAGAAUAUGAUGAAGAAAAAGAGAAGUUAUUGAGCCCAUCGGAGCAGCACUAUUCAGAGCCCUGGUUUCAUGGGAGGAUGUCAGAAGGGAGGCAGACAGCAGAGCGACUGUUACAGGAGUACUGUGCUGAGUCAGGUGGUCGAGACGGAACCUUCCUCGUGCGGGAGAGCAAAACCUUCCUCACAGACUACACCCUCUCAUUCUGGCGCAAAGGAAGAGUGCAGCACUGUCGGAUUCGUUCAGGGUCAGAGGGUGGUCAGCCCUUUUACUUCUUGACUGAGAACCUACAUUUCUCCACUGUGUAUGAGCUCAUACAGCAUUAUCGUGAAAACCCACUACGCUGCUUGGAGUUUGACUUGCGUCUGACUGAUGCAGUGCCACGUCGCGACCCGCAUCUCACAGAGAACUGGUUCUACAGUAAUCUCAGCAGAGGUGAGGCAGAGGACAUGCUGAUGAGAAUCCCACGUGAUGGAGCCUUUCUCAUUCGCCAAAGGGAGAAUAGCGACUCUUUUGCCAUCACCUUCAGGGGUGAAGGGAAGGUCCAGCACUGCCGUAUCCAGAAGGAAGGGCCUUUGUUUGUGUUGGGCUCCUCAACUGAGUUUGAAAGCUUAGUAGACUUGGUCAACUACUACCGUAAGAAUCCCCUCUACCGCAAGAUCAAGCUGCGGUACCCAGUCACAGAGGAGCUGGUGAAAAGAUUCAGCAUGAAGAAAGACUCUGCGUCCAUUUAUGAGAGAAGAAUGUAUGUGGAUCCACAUGAGAUAGAGCCACCAUCGAGCACUGUGAAGGCGCUUUAUGACUACAGGGCCAUGAGAUCUGAUGAGCUCACCUUCUGCAAAGGGGCAUUAAUCCAUAAUGUAGCUAAGUACAGCUCUGGCUGGUGGAAAGGAGAUUAUGGGGGGAAGAAGCAACUUUACUUCCCUGCCAACUAUGUGGAGGAGGUGUCCAAUAAUAAGAUCACAGAGCAGGGUGACCAGGCAAUGGAAGACAAUCCUCUGGGGCAGCUCUGCAAGGGUGUGAUUGAGCUUUCUGAAUGCAGUGUGAAGUCCGCUCAGGGCAAGAAUGGUAUGUCACACGUUUUUACGCUGCUUAUGAAGGAGGAUGAGAACAUGCUGUCCUUCGACAUCAGUGCUGACUCUGUGGAAGACCUGUUUGAAUGGUAUACAGCAGCAUGGGAUGCCACACAGCGCAAGAAUAAUGAGCAAUUCAAGAUCACACAGGAAAAGGAGAUAGAAAAAAAGGAUGCAGUGGCCAAAAAGAUGUCUGACCUGGUAGUGUACUGCCAGCCCCGAAGCAAAGAUAAGGACUGCUUCAAAAGAUACGACUACAAAGAGAUCCGCUCCUUUAUGGAGAACAAGGUACCGCUGAGGGACAGCAAAGUGCGUGAUUUCCUUAGGUACAACCGCAAGGCCCUGAGCCGUAUCUACCCCAAGGGCCAGCGUGUCGACUCCGCGAACUACGACCCCCUCCCGCUGUGGAUUUGUGGCUGUCACAUGGUGGCACUGAACUUCCAGACCGCUGACAAGUUUAUGCAGGUGAACAACGCCCUCUUCAGCCUGAAUGGGGGCACUGGGUAUGUGUUGCAACCAGAGAUGAUGCGCUCAGAUGGCUUCAACCCAAAGAUGCAGCAGGACAAGAAAGUCCAAUACACCGUCACUAUCAGAGUCAUAGCAGCCAGACACCUGCCAAAACCAGGCCGCAGCCUCACCAGCCCAUUUGUGGAGAUAGAGGUUUUUGGUCUCUAUGCUGAGGACAGCAAGUUCAAGACGACAGUCUGCCAGGACAACGGGUUGAACCCAGUAUGGCCAGCACCUCCAGUACCUGUCGAGUUCCUGGUUUGUGAGCCGGAGCUGACCUUUGUGCGUUUUGUAGUCAAUGAAGAGGACAUGUUUUCAGACCCAAACUUUCUGGCACAAGCAACGUUCCCAUUUAAGGGCAUCCGUUCAGGAUACCGCUCAGUGCCUCUGAAAAACGGUUACAGUGAAGACAUCGAGCUGGCUUCCUUGCUUGUUUAUAUUGAUGUGCAAAAAGUUGGGAAAGCAGAAGAGGAGCUGUACUCUUCAUCCUCCCAGCUGCGGAAGAGACAGGCAGAACUGAGCAAUGAGCUCUUCCUUUAUGACACCCAUAGUAACCUGCAGCAUGCCAGCCCAGCUCAUCGGCGCAAUGACAUAAUUCAGGAGCUGUCAAGCACUGAGAGCCAACUAUUGAAAAUCCAAGAAACCAAAGAGAAGGCACCAACUUUUGAAUCCCGCCUCUUGCUGUAGUACCCAUGAUCAAGGAUGAAGGAGAAGAAAAUCUGCAACAGCAAAUUUUACUCCUGAAACUGCAAAGAAACUCAGAACUUCUUUCUUGCUACAAUGUUUUUUGGAUUCAUGAGUGUGCCUUAUUUUAUAUUUAUAUACUUGGUGGUGAAUCCAUUUGGUCCCAGUCUAGGUUAAUUAUACAUGUAAAAGUAGACAGCAGAAUAAAGCUGGAUGUCAAAAUCUAAAA